AUGGUCUUUUCAUUUCAACUCGACGGGCUGCCGGAGCCGGGAGCGUGGCAUUAUCCGUUGGGGAAACAAUGCUUGACUACUGUCCGACAGGAGCUUCGACCGGGCACGCUGGACAGACCCGCAACGGGCGUGGUGCUGGGGCGAGAAUGCCUUGUGGGGCCCCCCGGCGCAUUACGUCAGCCGGCAAGCACCGACGAUCAGCCCGAUCUACGGCUCCCGACGCUGUCGAGGGCGAGGAUCGUGGCCAGGAACAAAGAACGACGCGCCGGCUCAGACAGUGGCUCCAAAUGGCCGCGGCUCACGAUAGCCGGGUGCGGCGACCAGAAACCCAUCAAGUUCUGCAGGAGUUCCAAGGACGCCGUCGACGGUCUAGCCCCAUUGCGCGUGGUCGAAGCUUGA